AAUAACAACAGCAAUAGGCUGGAUGAUGAGAUCGAAGACCUGAUAUAUUACGUAAGGACAAACGACAUUAAGGAAGUUAAAAAAAUCCUUCAACAUGGAAACAUAUGCUUAAUUAACGAUGUGAAGGACGAAAAUAAAAACACACUCCUACAUUUUGCAUGCGCAAAUAACAUUGUGGACAUGAUUCGCUUUCUGCUAUACGAAUGCGUAAUUGGACAUAACCAACUGAAUGCCAAUGGAAAUGACCCCCUCAUGUGGGUCAUGCAGAAUAAGCAUUGUGAAACUAAUAUACCACAGUGGAAAGAAAAAAACAAACUGUAUGAACAUAUGAAGAAAGAUUUUAUGGAAAUUUCCCUCGUGAAGGACAGAUACCAGCUAAGUGCCCAUGUCAAAAAUAAAAUCAACUCGAGGAAUUUUUUGGGGAACAUUUUCUCUGAUGAUCAUGAUGGCAGCUUGGGCAAUGGCGACAGUAAGCAGGGUGUCGGAGGUACUACUUUAAACGGCCAGGGAGAAACGUGGGGGAAGCAAACUCGCCUGUACAAGGAAGCCAACGAAAUCGAUCUACUGAAGAAAAACGAAUUUGACAAGAGCAUUCUGUCGGAGGCCUUCAACGACCAGGACGAAAAUAUUUUGCACCUCGUUCUGAGGCACCCCAUGUUGAGUGUGCUGGACGAGCAGGAUGGGGGCGCGGUGAGUAGAAUGAACGGCGUAGCCAACCGUGGGGACAGAGCACCCAAUAGCCACAACGACACAGCGUUCACGAUAAAUCUAGAGGACGCAAAAAUAAUUCAACAGUACACCCACCAGUUGCUCAUCAACGAAAAGGCAAAAGUAAAAACGGGGAAAGCGAAGAAGAAGCCAUUAUACGGAUAA